AUGAGUUCGCCAAAGACAGAUGUCGACGAGUUCAGGAAGAUCUUGAAUGGCUCCAAUCGCAUCCUGGCACUCUGUGGUGCUGGCCUCUCCGUGGCGUCUGGCCUGCCCACCUUCAGAGGAGCUGGUGGGCUCUGGCGGGAGUUUGAGUCCACAUCGCUUGCAACCCCAGAGGCGUUCGAGGACGACCCGGGCCUGGUCUGGUUGUUUUACGCCUGGAGGCGACACUUGGCAUUAAAGGCCAAGCCCAAUGCCGGCCACUACGCUCUAGCGGAGCUGGCCAAGAAGAAGGAGAACUUCCUCUGCUUGACACAAAACGUCGACGGCCUCUCGCCGCGCGCAGGCCAUCCCGAAUCUGCUAUUCGCAUGCUCCACGGGAACUUGUUGGACAUCACCUGCUACAAUAAAUGCGGUUAUGUUGAGCGAAAUGCCACGCGCGAUCCCGUGUGUCCUUCACUCGCAGCCGCAGCCGAAGACUAUCCACCCGGCCAACUCUCGCCGUUGCUGGACCCAUCUGUGGACCUCGCCACCAUCAAGCCGGAAGACCUGCCGCAGUGUCCAGACUGUAAGCGCCGCGGCAAAACGGCCCUCCUCCGCCCGGGCGUAGUCUGGUUUGGCGAGUCGUUGCCGGACGGCAUGCUUCUCGAGGUCGACAACUGGCUUUAUAAGGACCCAGUCGACGUUAUGUUGGUUAUCGGCACCUCGGCCGCCGUCUAUCCCGCCGCCGGGUAUACUAAUAAGGCCAAACGGCGCGGGGCUGUCGUUGCCGUGAUAAAUCCAGACCCACAAGCCAAAAGUGGAUUGGACGGCAAAGACUUCUUCUUCCAAGGCGGCGCCGACGAGUUCCUACCCGAGCUGUUCGAGGAUGUCAUCGGCAAGCUCAGGAUUCCAGACACUGCGCCCCUCGCUGAGGCAUAG